AUGGGCCCAUUGGUUCAGCUCUUUGUGUGUAUUUAUAGCCCUGCCACUUGUCAGCCCACCCUGUUUACCAACCUGUUCUCCUGCCUUUCCUACAUCAUUUCAGCACUUCGUGCUUCAUGUCUCAUUCCUUGGUCACUUUGUCUCUUUGAUUUGCUGUUGGAUUGGAUUAUCUACCACAGUUUUUUUUUCAACAAGUCUUCAUUUAACUUCAGGAAGCCCAUCAUAGAUAACAUCACGGAUGCCAUUUAUGGAAGUCGGAAGACCAUUUGUGUUAUCAGUCACAAAUACCUUGAGAGUGAAUGGUGCUCCAGAGAGAUCCAGGCAGCCAGUUUUCGUCUGCUUGAUGAGCAGAAGGACAUACUUAUCCUGGUGUUUCUGGAUGACAUUCCCAGCUAUCUGCUGUCUCCCUACCACCGCAUGAGGAAGAUGUUGAAGAAGAAAACCUACCUGAGCUGGCCACGAGCUGCAGAGAACACAGAGUUGUUCUGGGAAAAACUCCGGCAGGCUCUAGAGACCAGUGAAAAUCCAGAAGCGGAGUUGUUACUUCUCACUGUGUCAAACACGCCAUGAUGAAAAGGAAAUAUAAAGUAAUUGUUUAGCAACAAGUGUAAUUCAUUUGCUUCAAUACCAAAGGCACCAUACGUUUGAAGUAUACCCCUUGUUGAACAUUUUCACAGAUUUUCAGCGCUCAAUUUUGCGCUUUUUUCUUUCCAAUCAGUUUUCCUGUUGUUUAACAGAAAUUGAAUGUUUUUGAGCGUCUGAGCUCUGCCAUUUCACAUCUGAUAAUAACAGAUGCACAUUUAAUGUGCCUGGAAAAAAGGUCAAAGGUCAGUCAGAAGUUACCAGGCUAUGAUUUUAUUGUAAGUGUGUUUGUAAUUAUUCCAUAAUAGUGAGUUACAAUAUUCAGAUAUUUCUGUAAUCUUAAUGUGUUUAUUGUGUCUGCACAAACUGUUUACAUUUUGUUUGAAAUAGAAAAAUGGAAGAAACAACAAAUAAAAAGAUAUUCUGUCUUUGAUGAA